AUGGGUAAAAAUAAUAAAAAGGAAAUAGCUAAUGGCGCAAAAUUGGUAGCACCAAGUGAGGGAGAGAAGGAGUUUUUUCUUCUUCUCCUCUCUCUCUCUCUAGCUGGGUUCUUACGCACAGUGGAGCUCAGGUGGACUUUGGUUUUGGUCGUCGACGUCGUACCGCGGAGCCGUUCGAGCACACUUUCGACGUCGUGUUGCUGCGAGGAGGUCGGGCGAGUGCGGCUUUUCGCCAUCCUUGACGUCGUGCUGAUUCUAGGUGCUACUGCUGCAGAUUUCUGCGUCGACUGUCGGUAUUUUGGCUCGUACGCGACGUUGGAGCAUCGGAUCGCGACAAAACUUGGUUCGCUAGAUUCAGGACUUCGAGAGGAAUCCACGAAGCCCUUACUUGCUGGAUUUGGUGAAGAGCGUAGAGUUAGCUCGAUUCUAGACUCGGCGGAUUUCGGUUGAUCCAGCAGGUCGCUCUACACCUGAGAGAGUCCUUCGCUGCCAGGGAUUAGCUUUGAGGUGGGUUUACAUCGGUUUUACUCCUAAGUUCAUAAUCGUCGACAUGUAUAGAUAUCGAUUUUGGAUAAUCUA